AUGACUCUGCUGGACUGCACAGGAGCCAGAAUCUCCGGCUGUUGGUCCCUGAGGUCUGACCGCAGUGGGAGCGGGGAGGACUCGUUGGACCGGCUCCUGCCCCCUACCGGAGCCCCUCGCCGGAAGAGCACUACCUCACUGAGUAAAACUGAACCUCCUCUGCUCCGCACAGGCACACGCACCAUCUACACCGCCGGCCGACCUCCCUGGUAUGACGAGCACGGAGCGCAGUCAAAAGAGGCCUUUGUCAUUGGGUUGUGUGGGGGAAGCGCCUCAGGGAAGACCACCGUGGCCAAUAAGAUCAUUGAGGCUCUGGAUGUGCCGUGGGUUGUGCUGUUGUCUAUGGAUUCUUUCUACAAGGUUUUAUCUCCUGAGGAGCAGGCUUUGGCAGCAAGUAACGACUACAACUUUGAUCAUCCGGGGGCAUUUGACUUUCAGCUGCUGGUUGCCACCCUGCGAAAGUUGAAGCAGGGCAAGAGUGUGAAGAUCCCAGUGUACGAUUUCACCACACACGGACGACAGAAAGACUGGAAAAAUGUGUAUGGGGCCAGUGUAAUCAUAUUUGAAGGAAUUAUGUCUUUUGCAGACAAAGAGCUCCUUCAGCUCCUGGAUAUGAAAAUCUUUGUGGACACAGACUCAGACAUUCGGCUGGUCCGCCGGCUCCGCAGGGACAUUACAGAGCGCGGGCGGGACAUUGAAGGUGUCAUCAAGCAAUACAACAAGUUUGUGAAGCCAGCAUUUGAGCAGUACAUUGAGCCAACCAUGAGACUGGCUGAUAUUGUUGUGCCAAGAGGUGGGGGGAAUAUGGUGGCCAUUGAUCUGAUAGUCCAACAUGUUCACAGCCAACUCGAGGAGCGUGAGCUCAGUGUCAGGGCGCUCCUCGCCUCUGCUCAGCAGACUCAGCCGCUGCCCCAGACGCUCAGUGUGUUGGAGAGUACGCCGCAGGUCAAAGGCCUGCACACCAUCAUUAGGAAUAAAGAAACCAGCCGAGAUGAGUUUAUCUUCUACUCUAAGAGAUUAAUGCGGCUUCUCAUAGAACACGCACUAACGUUUCUACCGUCUCAGCCGUGCGUAGUUCAGACUCCACAGGGCCAAGAGUAUGAGGGCCGCAGUUACAACGGGAAAGGGAUCACUGGUGUGUCGGUCCUGCGGGCAGGAGAGACCAUGGAGCCUGCGCUGAGGGCCGUGUGCAAGGACGUCCGCAUCGGCAAGAUCCUCAUCCAGACCAACCUUGACUCAGGCGAACCAGAGCUGCAUUACCUGCGCCUGCCCAAAGACAUCAGUGAAGAUCAUGUCAUCCUAAUGGACAGCACAGUCUCCACUGGCGCUGCUGCCAUGAUGGCAGUACGAGUCCUAUUGGAUCACGAGGUGCAGGAGGAUAAAAUUGUCUUGGUGUCGCUGUUGAUGGCAGAGCUUGGGGUGCAGUCUGUGGCCUACGCCUUCCCGAAGGUCAAAAUUAUCACCACAGCUGUGGACAAGAGUCUGGACGAUUUAUUACAUGUAAUUCCUGGUAUUGGUGACUUUGGGGACCGGUACUUUGGGACAGAUGGGUCCGACACCUGGAGUGAUGAGGAUCCGGAGGAGCCGUCAUACUGACACACACAUCUGUGAGCCUCUGUGAAAGAAAAUACAAACACUUUGUGAAAACUAAAAAAAACUAAACUACAAUUUUUUUGUGUACUGUACAUGAACCUUUAUACUCUUAUACAACAGAUGAGUCUGGGUCAAGUUGUAAGGAUGAGGGAAAUUUUGUUCUAUUUACAACUGAGUAUGUUCAUCUUUAAUGUUUUCAUACAGAUGUGUCACAGAGGUGAAACAGUGCCAUAACCUUUGAGGUACAAUAAUGCAAUAACAAUAUUAUUAUAUACUAAAUGAUUUGAUCCAGGAUUGUGUCAGCUGUUCGUGAAGUUACUAGUGCCAAACUACAAUGGGUUGCACCAUUAAAACUGAACCAGUAGUCAUUAGAAUUCAUCCUCUGAGCACCAUAGAUAUUUACAACAUUUUAAUGGCAGCGCAUCCACUAAUUGUUGAGAUAUAAUAUAGAUAUAGAUAUAAGAGAUAUUUAAGUCUGGACCAAAAUGGUGGAUAAACAACUGAUAGACCAAAAUUGCCAUCCGCAGAAUAACGCUAAAAAGAUAACUAUAAUAACUUUUAGGGGGGAAAUCCAUCUAUUAACAUUCAAUCAUUUGUAAAUGUAGGUAUGAUAUUGUUUUAUAUAUAUCUGCAAAUAUGGAGAAAUAUGUGUUUCAGAGUUAGUAGUAUUUAUGGAGCUUAGAGUGGUAAAUUUUCGAUUACGCAAACCCAACUGACCUUAUUAGCGCAAUAUUUUGUUUUUUAAGGGUAUACUCCGUUAUUUUUGUGAAACAUAUGUUAAAAUCUAGUGUCCAUUAUUAUUAAACAACAUUUUGAAUAAGUGUCAGGUCAGACGUGUUGUCCAAAACCUAUUAACUUUUUUAUUCCUCAUCUGAAUGGCUCAUAUUAGCAACCUAAUUUUAGUUUUGUCAGUUGGUUCAGUUAGCUAUGCUACAGUUCACCUGGCAGUAAGUAGGUGUAACUAUGUAGUAACUAAUCUAUACGUAACAAAUGGUGCAACCCAUUUUAAUUUAGUAACUGAUAAAUCUCCACUUAGUAAACGUUAAUUUAGCUACAGUUUGUGCCUCUUGUGUAUUAGCAUUACAGUCGAAUCACAGAGGUAGCAGCAGAUUUUCUAAAAAUCAAAUACCUGGCGAUCUUUGAAUAAUCUGGCAGUAUUUCCAGAAUCGUAGACUAUAUAUUAUAUGUGCUCUGCAAAAAAAAAUUUUUUUAACCUGUUUCUCAAGUUGUGUGUUUUUACUCUCUGGGUAGCUGGAAAUUACAUUGUUAAGUGUCUGGAAAUACCUUCAAGACAAGAAAAUCCAACCAAUAUCCCUGUGACUCAAAUGUAAUGCUCAUACAUGAGAGGCACAAAUUGGGGCUAAUUAUAACUAGGCUAAUUUUGAAUUUAUGAACAGCUGGUGCAACUUGCUCAACAAUAUGCUCUGAUAUAAAUUUAUUUACACUUUACGCUUCUCUAGUAAGACAUUUUUAUAUAUGGUAUGUGAGAAAACUCACAUCUAGUAGGGUAGUAGUAGAAAGUGUAUAUAAUUUCACAUACUGUAUAUCGCAAAGGGGAACUAUUCAAGUGAACCGAAAUCUUGUAUGUUUACACAUUCACAGUAGGUGUAAAAUGCUUAGUAUAUAAUAAAUCUUAAAUUCAGGGUAUUCAUCAUCUUGGAGAUUUUAAGUUCUCACUGCCUCUUUCUAUUUCUGCUGGAAAUGGACAUGUUUUCAUUAUGUGUCUGGACUGAUCGACCAGAUGUGGCUCAGAUCAUAAGUGCGAUGUCACCCACGGUCACAUGCUCACUUGUGAAUAUUUUCCAUGGUCCUCUGAUUCUCAGGGUUCAGAUACAGGCCGCCCGGCCCUCCCUGUGAUGCACCUUAAUGCCUGCCGGGGUCAGUAUAGCUCACAUUUAGCUUCUCACACUGUGAUUUAUAGUGUGUCCCUUUGAGAUCUCCUUACACUACAGAAGAAUGCAUACAGACUCUGAAUCACUUUCAUCAUACAACUUAAAAUAUGUUGAGAUUUGACAUCACAAAAGAUAGUUUUGCAUUAAUGAAAACAUCCUUGUGGUUCAUGAUUUUACUGAUUUGAUCUUGUGCAGAAUGUAGCAUGUUAAUGCUCAGUUAUAAACAUGCAAGAUAAUGAUAUUUAUGUGAUUUCAGGGUUUACAAAAUGAGCAAUAAAAAACCUCGAGCCUC